CUAUUCGCCCCUUGAUCGUCUCGCUCUUCAUAUUUCUAUAUAAUAGAAAAGAAAUACAAGGUUUUUUGUUUUUCACUCAUCUUUCAUGGUUUAAUCCUUGAAGUGAAGCAGUGAUGAGUUUUUGCAGCGGCAAGCACGACUCUUAUCAUCAUCUGUAUCUGUUGUUGGUGACCCUCAUACUCACAGCUACGACUGCCGCGGAAGAUCCGUCUACAAUCCUAUCAAGAUUCCAGCAGUACCUUCAGAUCAAUACAGCCCAACCACACCCCAACUACUAUGAAGCCGCCCAAUUUAUAACCUCCCAGGCAAAGUUACUAUCCCUCGAGUCCCAGACCCUGGAGUUCGUCAAGGGCAAACCUCUGAUUCUCCUCAAAUGGCCAGGCAACGACCCCACCCUCUCUUCCAUCCUCCUCAACUCACAUACCGAUGUUGUCCCUUCCGAGCAUCACAAGUGGACUCACCCACCUUUCUCUGCCCACUUAGAUUCCACUACCGGCAACAUCUUCGCCCGGGGUUCUCAGGAUAUGAAGUGUGUCGGCUUGCAGUACCUCGAGGCCAUUCGCAAACUUAAAGCUUCGGGCUUCAGCCCCCUGCGCACCCUCUACCUCUCCUUCGUCCCCGACGAGGAGAUCGGUGGAAAUGAUGGUGCCGGAAAGUUUGUUGACUCAGAUGUCUUUGCCAAGAUGAAUGUUGGAAUUGUACUUGACGAGGGCUUGCCCUCUCCCACUGACAACUAUCGUGCAUUCUAUGGAGAGAAGUCCCCCUGGUGGCUGGUCGUUAAGGCUGUAGGUGCUCCUGGACAUGGGGCUAAGCUCUACGAUAAUACUGCCAUGGAGAAUCUUCUUAAAAGCAUUGAAACUAUAAGGAGAUUCAGGGCAGCGCAGUUUGAUCUAGUUAAAGCCGGACAGAAAGCUGAAGGCGAAGUCAUUUCCGUUAAUAUGGUCUUCUUGAAAGCUGGCACCCCUUCACCCUCUGGUUUUGUCAUGAACCUGCAGCCAUCUGAAGCCCAAGCAGGAUUUGACAUCAGAGUACCACCAACUGCAGAUCAGGCAUCCUUGGAGAGGCGAAUAGCUGAUGAAUGGGCACCUUCUUCGCGUAACACGACUUUUGAGUUCAAGCAAAAGGUGAAUGUGAAUGACAAGUUUGGAAGGCCAGCUGUUACAGCUGUUGACAGUUCCAAUAUUUGGUGGGCACUGUUUGAAGAAGCUAUCAUCAAAGCUAAUGCCAGACUUGGAAAACCAGAAAUAUUUCCUGCAUCAACAGAUGCACGCUAUUUUCGGGAGCGAGGCCUGCCAGCAAUAGGAUUUUCUCCGAUGGCAAACACUCCCAUUCUUCUUCACGGCCACAACGAGUUUUUGAACAAGGAUGAGUAUUUGAAAGGUAUUGAUGUUUAUGAGUCAAUAAUCAAAACAUAUGCAUCUUAUAUUCAGCAUCAAAGAGAUGAUGCUUCGAGAGAGGAAUUGUGAGCAAGUUGUAUUGAAGAAACCUUGAGCUCAUUUUGUCUUGUAGUAUUGUAUCAGUGAAGGCCGCAGAGCUGUUGGAAGUGUCUCCAACAGCUUUCUGCUGUAUGAAUAAACAACAUGUAUAUUUCAUGAUCAUUGAAGAACAGUGCUAUGUAAUAGUUAAGCAAUGACGAGAAAAACAUUGGGCAGGCAAACGAAAUGUCAAAGCUUAGCCUGGCUUGGAAAUGAAUGAAUGAAAAGAGACGGAGGAAAUAGAAGAAUUGUGCAUUUAUCAAAACGACUAAAUAUCAAGCUGUGUCUUUUCUUCCAA